AUGAACCAAUGGUAACUUUCACCUUUGGAGGGAAAGUUUACGACUCUUUGUCUGUGAGCAUGGUAUUUUGCAUAUGUAAUUCGAUUGGGUGUUGAUGCAAAAACUACUAAGGUUUCUUACAACACUAACAUGUUGCAAAGGUAUCAACAUCUAAUUUACACCAUCUUUUAGAUCAUUAAAAUACGAACUCAAAGAGUCCAAGCAUGACAUAGGUGGGUUAUACUACUAGUCAUCUAUCAUAAUACAUGCAUAAAACAGUAGAAAGACAAAUACAAAUACAACAGACAAAAUUAAAAUACAAUGGAGUAAUACUGUACACAAUGACCUGGGCUAUGUGUGAUAGGAAGGUCAAAGAAAGGUUUGUCUGUGAAUGAGUAGGAAAGAGUCCAUUUCUAUAGGCAUUGUGUCUUUCCUAUAGAGAAAUGUAGUGUGCUCCGUUUGCAUUCCUUGAGGCAAUAAAACCUGUGAUACCAGAUUGUUGUCCUGGCAACUGAGCCCUUUUGGGGUGUUAGUUGCUUUGGGGGGGGUUGUCUCCAGAGCUCCAGCAUGUAGCUGGCCUGUUGUGUUUUAAAGACUAUUUGUUAAAUGUAACAAUUAAUGUAUGUCUGAUUGGUCCAGACGCUACAUAGUUAAUAGUGUGGCCAUAUUUUUAAAUACAUACUACACUUUAUGACUUAUUAAACAAUAUAAACUCUGUAUGCAAAAAUCCCUUUUUUUGUUGUUUUGUUUUGUUUUUUUUGGUGAUGAAACUGAAAUUGACUAAUCACUUUACACUUGUUUCCUUUUCCUCUUCAGCCUUCAAGGUGGAGUCAAAACUCACGCUUUUCAUGUAGCAUAAUUUUGUUACUCUCAUAGACUAUCUGGCUUUCUUACCACAGUCACUAUUUUCUUUAAAUAUGUUUUAAAUAUGUUAGGUCUUAAGUAUGCUCAUGUUGUUCUCUUGUUUCUUAUCACCCCUUCUGUAACAGCACAUGGGGGUAUUGUUUAUAUCCACAGAGUAAGAAAUACAUCCAUUGACAUUUCCUGUGAAUCUGCAAAAAAAGAAGAAAAACCAUUUGCCUUUACGCUGAAACGCAGGUUGCUGCAGUCCAGAAUGGUGCUGUAUCUUUCUAAAGGACACUCACCAUCUAUCAAUGAAUAUGAGGACAGGGAUCGCUUUACUGUACGUGAUGAGUUGGACAACCACACAGUUCACCUGACCAUCUCAAACCUGCAAGUACAGGACACAGACGUGUACUACUGUGAAUUCCACUAUGGUGAUCUUCCGUAUGAUAAGAAUGUUCCUGGCAAGAUGGAGUUCUUCAUCUAUGUUGAAGACUUAUCUCAUGAGUCUUGUAAUUGUUCAAGUUACCUGCGUUUGCUGUAUGUGAUCUCUGGAGCCGCAUGUCUACUGGGUGUUCUGGUUUUCACUCUUGCUACAGCUUACUGUUGUAAAUGGCUUAACCGUACAAAGCCACAGCCUGUAGUUCCUGUUUAUGAGGAGAUGGCCGGGGUGCGGUCCACCAAAGGAAAAGCCACAAGCUAUCGCACUGAAACUGCAAUACUGGAGGAAGCAAACAGCCCUGCGCAUUACUUGUACAGCAAAGAAAACCUUUACUUAUGAUGUUCAUGAUGAUGCUCCAGCUCACCCUCAAAACCUUUCUGAAUCAUCAGCUUUAAAAGUUGUUUGUUAGCAUAAAAUUUGUCUUUUCAUCUAUAUGUUAAUGAUACUUUGACAUAAUUUUAAUGCUAUCAAUACAGGAUCUCAGCUUACAGCCUUUUUAUAAAGCAAUUAUCUGCUUUUUUGUGUGUAGCAUAAAAUAGUUAUGAUAAAGUAUUUUUAAUUACGUAAUACACUGCCAUUUUUUUACCCCUUGGAACAAUAAGAUUAAAGUAGUAGUUUUUCUGCAUUUUCUCUACAUUUAAAAAUCAUUUCACAAAAAUACAUUGUUGAAGAUCCUGUUUAUUGAAAAGAUGCAAAAUGGCAGAACCUGACAAAGAAAAAAAAAACAGCUGACAGACUUUCACAUCGUUUUCUUCAGACAUUAUUUUAAAUACUAAAGCAUGCAAAUAAAUGAUAGAUGAUGUUUGUGUUUGUACAGAUUCACAUUAACACAAGCAGAACAUGUGGCUUCCUGUCUUGUCUCACACUUGGUUGAUUUUAGACUGCAAACAGUCCAUCUAGAUUUAGGGACAAAAGUGUUGCAAAAGUGUUGCAUUUGUUGCCUUUAAAUAUAAAUGCUGCUUUUUAUGUUUUUUUAUUCACUUUGUAACAAAUAAAUAUUCUCUCUCAUUUACAUA